GUUUGUUGAAAUAAAGAGCAGCAGGCAUACUGCUGUGAGAAUCACUCAAAAAAUAAGGCUUCUACUUGUUAACAGGUUUCUACACAGCGUAGACCAAUAUAUAAGACAUGCACAGGCAGGAUAAUUAAUUCUUGAUUCAAAAUGAAUGGAGAUGUUACUGGAGAAUCACUUAUGGAUAACGACAACUCCAAUAAGGAAAUUGAGCUGGUUGUGGAGCUUUCAUCACCAGAGGAUCAUUCUGCAGACACCUUGCAAAUGUAUUCUGAUGAUGAAGGACUGUCUGGUAACAUCUCAAGAAUUACAGUGGAGGAAAUAGCUCCCCAAAGUGAUAAUAUAUCAGAUGACCUAGGACCAAGCUUGUCUUGUAGCAGAUAUCGCUUGCGUAAGAAAAAUCAUGACAUGGAAGUAGAAUUGGACAAGAAACUACCCAGGAAUGUGCGUCGAUAUUACGAGCACCAAAGAAGGCUUGCAGAUGCCUUUGAGGAUAACUUGUCCAGCGAUGGAGAGUCAGAUUUAGGUAAAGAUGAGAAAUGUCACAAAAAAGCUAUUACGAGAAUCGUUUUUUUAAGCCUUUUUUGUAAUGUUGCUCUCUUGAUUGGCAAAGCUGUGGCAUCAUACUUGUCUGGCUCGCUUUCUAUUAUAUCUAGCUUGGUCGAUAGUGCUGUUGAUUUGGCUUCGUCACUGAUAUUCUGGUAUACAAAUAGAGCUAUCAAAGGCACUAACUUCUACGAGUAUCCUGCAGGCAAGACACGGCUUGAGCCAGUUGCUGUCAUCAUUCUGUCAGUCAUAAUGACCGUGGCAUCAAUUCAGCUGAUCAUCAGUUCAAUAACAACAAUAAKAAAUGGUAGUGCUGACCCUGAGAUUUCUACCACUACUAUCGUCAUUAUUGUUUUAACAAUAGUUGUAAAGAUUUUGCUAUUUUUUUGUGCCAAAAAAGUCAAGUCACCUUCUACGAAUGCAUUAGCCCAAGAUCAUAGAAAUGAUGUUUUAUCAAAUGCUUGUGCACUUGGUUUCGGAUACAUGGGUUAUAAAUUGUGGAAAAAUGCAGAUCCUAUUGGUGCAAUUCUCAUAAGCUUGUACAUUGCUUUCGGCUGGUGGAGAACUGGUUCGCAACAGGUGAGAAGUCUGACUGGACACACAGCACAGCCAGAACUCCUCCAACGUCUACUGUGGGUGUGUAUGCAUCAUGAUCAUCGGGUACAGUUCAUCGACACUCUCAGRGCUUACCAUUUUGGUAAUCAGUUGCUUGUUGAAGCACAUAUUGUCCUUCCCCCAACUAUGUCUCUUCAAGAGGCCCAUGACAUUGGAGAACCUUUGCAACRAAAGCUUGAAAAGUUUCCUAAUGUUGAGAGAGCAUUUGUUCAUAUUGAUUAUGAAUAUGAGCACGAUCCUUUAGUUGAACAUAAAAUGGSUGGCCAAACACCAAUUAUUAUUAAGUGACAAACAUUUUUAUUUUGGCACUCCUUGGAUUGAUAUACUAUAAAAUUUAUAAAAUAAUAAUGUAUAAAUAUAAAUGGGCACCAGCCAUUUAGAAAUAGAGCUAGUCGAGCUAAAGGGCUGGGUCAAAUGGAAAAUUAUAGAAGGAAAUGUAUAGAGAAAUAUAUAUAAUUGCAACAACAGAAUACAUGGAUUUGACAAGACAA